AUGAGCUCCAACCAGUUCGAGCUCGCGCACCCCCCGACUGACGCAAUCUCGUCCCUCACAUUCGCGCCUGGCAUCCCCACUCGCCUACUCGUCUCGUCAUGGGAUAAGCACGUGUACAUUUACGACACGCACUCGACACCUGGUGGCGAACUGCUACGGAAAGUUGAGCACCGCGCGCCUGUGCUAGAUGUAUGCUUUGGCAAGGAUGAGAACGAGGCUUUCAGCGCCGGGCUGGACUGGGACGUGAAGAGGAUCGAUUUGCAGACGGGAGAAAGCUCCGUGCUCAGCUCUCAUGAGGCUGGGGUCAAGUCCGUCGUUUACAGCCGCGAGCAUGCCCUGCUAAUAUCGGCGUCCUGGGACGCGACGCUACACGUUCACUUCCCCUCUGACACCACGCAACCGCCGACGACGAUCCAGCUCCCAAGCAAGCCCUUUUCACUAUCAAUCACUGCGACCAAGCUCGUCGUCGCUAUGGCGUCGCGCGCAGUGCACAUCUACGACCUCAAGGCCCUCCAGAUGCUCUGCUCCGAGAACACCGACCCAGCAAACGUCCUCUCGCCCGAGCCGUGGCAGCGACGCGAGUCGUCACUGAAGUUCAUGACACGCGCCGUUGUAUGCAUGCCCGACGACGCCGGCUACGCCAGCAGUAGCAUUGAGGGUCGUGUCGCCGUCGAAUGGUUCGACCCCAGCCCCGAAAGCCAGGCACGCAAGUACGCCUUCAAGUGCCACCGGCAGAACAUUGACGGCGUUGACACUGUUUACCCUGUCAAUGCCCUCGCAUACCACCCACACUUCGGUACAUUUGCGUCUGGCGGUGGUGACGGUGUCGUGGCGCUGUGGGACGGCAUUGCGAAGAGGAGGAUAAGGCAGUACCAACGCUACCCUGCUAGUAUUGCUGCUUUGGCCUUCUCGGAUGAUGGAAAGCACCUUGCUGUGGGUGUGAGUCCGGGUUUUGAGGACGGUCAAGAGGACAUGCCGGAGGGACCGGUGAAGCUCUUGGUUAGAGAGCUCGGAGAAUCCGAGGCAAAGGGCAAGGGUGCAAAGUAG